ACAGAGGAGCAGCGGAGACAUCAGACUCUUCUCUUUCAGGAUUAAAACCUACGAGAAGACACGGACACUCACGGAUCGAUAGACACGGAUCGAUACGAAACAGUCCGUCAUGGAGUCUUAUGACAUUCUAGCUAACCAGCCCGUUGUCAUCGAUAAUGGUUCAGGGGUCAUCAAAGCUGGUUUUGCAGGUGACCAGAUCCCCAAAUACUGCUUCCCUAACUAUGUGGGGCGUCCCAAGCAUGUGCGCGUGAUGGCAGGAGCCCUGGAGGGCGACCUCUUCAUCGGGCCCAAAGCAGAGGAGCACCGGGGCCUGCUGUCGGUCCGGUACCCCAUGGAGCACGGCAUCGUGAACGACUGGAACGACAUGGAGAGGAUCUGGCAGUACGUCUACUCCAAAGAGCAGCUGCAGACCUUCUCUGAGGAGCAUCCGGUGCUGCUGACUGAAGCUCCUCUGAACCCCAGCAAGAACCGGGAGAAGGCGGCGGAGGUCUUCUUCGAGACCUUCAACGUUCCUGCGCUCUUCAUCUCCAUGCAGGCCGUCCUCAGCCUGUACGCCACAGGCCGCACCACCGGCGUGGUGCUGGACUCGGGAGACGGGGUGACCCACGUGGUCCCGAUCUACGAGGGCUUUGCCAUCCCUCACGCCAUCAUGCGCGUGGACAUCGCCGGCAGAGACGUGUCGCGGUACCUCCGCCUGCUGCUGCGCAAGGAGGGCCACAACUUCAACACGUCGGCCGAGUUCGAGGUGGUCCGCACCAUCAAAGAGAGAGCCUGUUAUCUGUCCCUCAACCCACAAAAGGACGAGACUCUGGAGACGGAGAAGGCCCAGUACAUCCUGCCUGAUGGAAAUCCUCUAAAGAUUGGCCCGGCCCGGUUCCGCGCUCCAGAGCUGCUGUUCAGACCGGACCUGAUCGGAGACGAGCUGGGGAUCCACGAGGUCCUGGCCUACGCCAUCCAGAAGUCUGACAUGGACCUGCGGCGCACUCUGUUCAACACCAUCGUCCUGUGUGGAGGCUCCACGCUCAUCAAAGGCUUUGGGGAACGACUACUGACGGAGGUCAAGAAGCUGGCUCCCAAAGACGUGAAGAUCAAGAUCUCUGCUCCCCAGGAGAGGCUCUACUCCACCUGGAUCGGCGGCUCUAUUCUGGCUUCGUUGGACACCUUCAAGAAGAUGUGGGUGUCAAAGCGUGAAUAUGAAGAGGACCGAGCGCGGGCCAUCCACAGGAAGACCUUCUAGAUGCUCCUGGCGUCCCCCCCCCUCAAAUCUGCACCUGUCACCUCCGGGUCCUUCAUCGUCCUCAUCAUCUGCUCAUGACGUUUCAUUCCAACAUUAGAUCUUUAUUUGUGUUUGUCUCUUUUCUGGUUGUUUCAGUCAUAGAGCAGUUAAACUUUAAGGCUGUUCUCAUCUGACGGGACGCCACGUGUCCGUCAGCUUUUUGGAUGAACAUGAAGACGGAACGAGCUUUAAUAUAAGUUUCCCUUUUUUACAGCAGCCAACACUGGUGUUCAUGUCUCAACUCUGAAUAAAGUUCAGUCUGAAUCUCCUGAGAACAAAGUUAGUCUUCUCCCUCUAUCUGAGGUUCAUUACCAGAUAAUGAGCCUCUAUCUGAGACUCAUUAUCUGGUAAUGAACCUCUGAGUCUGAACCAGAGCUUCCUUUUGAUUGGUUAGUUCCAGGUGUACUUCCUGUUGGAGCCUGUAGGGUUAGAGGCCGGGCGGCUUUAGGAGGCUCGAGCUGAACUGAAGUGAUCUGGGUCACAAAAUGCUUGAUUGUCUUCUUUUAGAUGUUUUUUAUUUAAUGCAACAUUCAGAUGAUGAACUAGCAGUCUGACUUCCUGGGUGAAGCUCCAACGCAUGUCGGCUAACGUUGUUAAAGAUGUGCACUGAGGUCUGGAUGCUGGGAUUUCCCUGCCUCUGGGUGUCAGUGAAGGGGCCGUGAGCUCUGUACAGUGGAGCGCUUUUCAAAAACAACACAGCCGUAAGAUUACUGAAACAAGACGGUUUAUUCAAGUAUUUGCUUUUACUUUUCGUAAAUUGAAUAUAAUAAAUAAGUUAAUGGCUGCUUCUCGGUGUGUCGUCAUUGUGGCUGAUUGCGACAUUGAUACAGCUGACAAUAUAUUCUGUAUCCAAUUGUUUAAUAAAUUAGCUUAAAUUUUGA